AAAAAAAAAAAGGAGAAAAAAAUAGCCCAUGGAAAGUAAUAAAAUUCGGACCAGGCUUUAACCGCAAUAAAGAGUGUGUUGUUUGUGUGGGGACACUUUUGAGUGAAAAUGGAAGCUCCGAGAAGAAGCUCCGGUAAGAAUAGCGUGUCGUCGCAGCUAAUUGGGGCCGCCGUUGAUCUUUUAGCAUUGUAUAAUAACUCCGGUAAACUCAAUGAUCCUCGUCUUCUCAGCAAGCUUUGCAUUACUAUGACCAGAGGUAUUGAUCAUGCAAUUGCCAACAAUGAAGUUCCUAUUAAAUCACGUGAAUUGCCUACAUUAUUGCAGAAGAUUAAUGUAUGGAAGCAUGACCUAUCUGUUGUAAUACCUUUUAUGCUGCUCAUGAUGUCUGUCAAGAAUGCUUGUCAAAAUGGAUGGUUCCAGAAGAAAGAGACCGACGAUCUUCUUGCAUUGGCCAAUGAGGUCAAACGAUUCUUCUCCACCGAUGAUGUGUUACAAGGACCAUGUCAUGCUCUUCCCUCUAUUUCCCAGAUUUUGUCUAGAUAUUAUCCGAGGUUAAAGAUUGAGAAUACACUCUGUUUCACUGAGGUUAAGCCUGGAUAUAGAACCAUUGUGGCAGACUUCAACUUAUCACGUGGUGUGGUGGCUUCCAUGCGUGAAAUGAUAGGAAUGAUUGUAGUCCGGGUAGAUGCUAUAGAUACAUCAUCAUGCAUUAUCACUCCGCAGGAAGUGGACAUUUUGCUUAAUGGAAAAGGUGUUCUAGGAAGGAACAACACUUCCAUGGAACCUGUACCUCUGGUUCCAACAGAUGUGACUGCAAUGCUCAAAUAUGGAGUCAAUCUUCUACAGGCUAUUGGAAAUUUUAAUGGCCCUUAUAUUAUUGCCAUUGCCGUUAUGUGUGUGAUACCAACUUCUGGCACUCCCCAGUUGCAAGAUUAUGUUCAGCCUGUUGUUGCUUCUGGCGACACAGCAAGUACAGAUAUGGAGAUGGCAUUACAAACAUCACUAAAUUGCCCCAUAAGCAAAAAUCGGAUGAGAACUCCUAUUAAAGGGCAUCUCUGCAAACAUAUGCAGUGCUUUGACUAUGACAGUUACUUGAGUAUUAAUUCAAGAAGGCCUUGCUGGCGGUGCCCUCUUUGUGACGAGCCAGUGUCCUGUAUAGACAUACGCAUUGAUCAGAAUAUUGCCAAGGUCCUGAGGGAGGUGGAAGAGGAUACUGAUCAUGUACUUGUAUCUAAAGAUGGAUCCUGGAAGGUUGUAUCUGAGAUCAUCGAUCCAUCUUUUGGGUCAGCUAGCAAGACCCCGGAAUUUCGAGAGGAGAAGCAGAAUCAAAGCAACCCUAUAGGAAAGAAUCUAUCCAGAGACGAAAAUUAUAGUCAACAAAUUUCUCCUACCACAAAUGUUGAGCCCUCUAGAGUCAGUAUGCACCAAAAUACUAGUAACUCUAGUAGCUUGGCAGCUAACUGUACAAAUUUGAAUGACCAGGGCAAAAAAAAUUCAAGAGUCACGGGCACCAACUCCAAUGGCAUGUCUAUUGCUAUGUCUCCAAUUAUUGAUUGUAGAGGAUGCCAUUCACUUCAAAAGGACACAGAGCUAAGGAAACAAUCUUCUUGGUCUUGUAUCAACACUUCGAGCUCGGCUAACCCUUUAUCGGUGCAAGGUUCAGUGAGCCAGGUAAACAGCCUGCCUGUGCAGAACUCAAAUGCUUACAUUCUUCCCACAGUUGAGCAAAAUGGAUACUGCCAGAAUUCUCGAGAUACACAUACAUAUCAAAAUUCGAAGAACUCUAGUAACAAUGUUUGUGAAGCUGUUCAUGUUCAGCAGGUACAUUCUCAAAGAGAUGAUGAGAUUCAAGCUUCACUUAACACCCAUAAUAGACAACCAUCAGUUUUAGACACCUGCAGUAAGCAGUCGAGACCAGAAAGUGAGCAGAAACAGAAUAUGCACAGAGAAAAGAACCAAGUAUCUCAUGAAGGCGGGUUGGUGGAACUUCCAUCCGAGGGAUGGAGGCCUUCUGGAAGGAUGAGAGGAAGCCUCCAGGGUCAGGCUUAUGCAGAGGCAUAUCGCCGGUUCAUUAAGCAACCAACUCAACCUGUUGGAGCUUCUGAACUACCUUCCAGGUUAAUGGCAACUCUGUCUGUUGCUAAAAGCCAGCGUCCAAAUAUAAAAGCUUCUGCGCAAGCAACAAAUCAGUGAGGUUCUGACAAUGAAACAAAUCCUCCAGGAAGCUCAAAUGCUUUUCCCCAGACUAAGUCAACUGUAAAAGGCUGGUUCUCAAGAUUUAUGUUUGUAUUUUAUCAAAGGAUAAAUCUUUAUGGCCAUUCUGAGCACUAUCCUUUAUUACAUCAAGUCUGGAAAUGGAGAAAUUGUUGUUGUCGGAGAUGCUUCCCGUUAAUAUAUUAAAUAUGUUAUGUACAGUAUAUAUUAGUCUAAUAUGAAAAUGAAAGAUCAUGGCAA